AUGGCACACUUGGAAAAGGAAGUCGAGUCAGGGACGUCGCCGGCUAUCAUGCCCGUGGAGUCUGGUCAUGAUGACAGUUAUGAUUUUUACAAGCAGAACCGAGGGAUUGAGUACACGGCAGAAGAAGCGAAGAAGACUUUGCGAAAAAUUGAUAUUCAGCUUAUACCUUUACUUUUCGUGAUAUACAUGAUCCAGUACCUGGAUAAAAACAGUAUCAACUUCGCUUCUGUAUACGGCCUCAAGGAGGGCACCCAUCUUAAGGGCCAGGAAUAUUCGUGGCUCAGUUCCAUCUUCUACUUUGGCUACCUCGUUGCCCAAUGGCCUGCAGGGCUGGCCCUGCAAAAACUCCCGGUCGGAAAAUUCCUAGGCGUCACAACUCUCAUAUGGGGUGGCCUCCUGAUGACUACUCCGGCAUGCCAUAAUUUCGCAGGCAUCGCCGUCAACCGCUUCCUCCUCGGUUUAGUGGAGGCGGUCGUGAAUCCUGGGUUCGUUCUUAUGAUGAGCAUGUGGUAUACAUCCAAAGAACAGCCCCUUCGCCUGGAAGCGUACUACUGCACCAAUGGCAUUGCCACGAUGUUCGGCGGGCUCAUCGGAUAUGCUGUCGGACAUAUCACCACAGGCCUUCCUAAAUGGAUGUAUGUGUUCCUCAUUUUCGGCGCUUUCUCAAUUGUCACCGGUAUCUUCGCCCUUUGGUUUCUCCCUGAUCUCCCAUCUACGGCGAAAUUUCUCACCCAGCGCGAGAGAGCCAUCGCUGUGGAGCGAGUGGCUGUGAAUCGACAAGGCGUCAAGAACCACAAGUUCAAGUGGUACCAAGCGUGGCAGGCUGCCAGGGACCCCAAGACUUGGCUGUUGUUUAUUAUGGCUGUUGGUGCCCAGGUACCGAAUUCAGCCUUGACCAGUUUUACUUCCAUCAUUGUCGGCUCCUUCGGCUUCGACACAUUGGGAACUCAAUACCUGCAGAUCCCCGGUGGUGCUGUGCAGUUUCUUACUCUCAUUUUGGGAGGGUUUAUUGCGACAAAAUAUGCCGAUAAAUUCCACUCCCGCACCGUCUGCAUGAUUGUCGCUAACUUGACAUGCAUCAUUGGGGCUGGACUGCUGGUCGGUCUUCCAAGCUCAAAUAAGUGGGGUCGACUAGUUGCUCUCUGGCUUUGCUAUUUCCAGGGCCUUGGAUUUAGUAUGGGACUGACAAUUGUCAGCUCCAAUGUUGCUGGAUACACCAAGAAACAGAUCACGGGAGCUGUACUGUUCACAGGCUACUGCGUUGGAAAUAUUAUUGGGCCACAGACUUUCAAGGACAGUGAGGCCCCCGGCUACCACAGUGCAUACGUCGCUAUGCUUGUGGGCUAUGCUAUCAAGUUUGUUGCAAUAGUGCUUUUGUAUGCCUACAUGUUUUGUGAAAAUAAGCGAAGGGACCGCGAGGCACUUGCUACCUUGGAGUCCGAGGAUGAUGGCGUUGAGAACGGAAUGCUGGACCAAACGGAAAUCGACAACAAAGCGUUCAGAUACGUGCUGUAA